AUGGAAAUGGAGAAAGAAAUCUCAAAAACUGGGCAAAGAGGUGGCAGAACAGCGAGGAAUGACGUGAGCUUCAACAACAUUCCGCUACCACCAGCGUCGCCACCGUUACCAUUCAUAACUUACCCCGGUGACAUAGGCUUGGCCCCUUACCGGCUGUCGGAACUGGAAAUUAGGAUGAUGAUGUCACGGUUGCGUCACUCUGACAUGUUAACGGACCUGCACCACCAUCAGGAACUCAUAGACCGCCAGUACACGGUGCUUUCUUACAUGGAAGAGACCGCCAAGGAAGCACAAGCGUUGCGCCAAGAGAAUAUCAGUCUAAAAAUGAUCAAUGCCGAGUUGACGAAUCGACUGAGCUUAUUGCUGAGAGCAACUUCGGAGUAUGCUGCGUCUGUUGAGUUGUCGGGUCUGGGGCUUGGUCCGGGUUCUGAUAUGAGUUCAGUGUUGCAUGGAUUGGACAAGAUGAGUUUGGGGGACGGGGUUAACGAAGACAGGAGAAACAGGGGAGAUGGUGUGGAGGGUGCUGGGGAGAAUACCAGUCAGGACACUAUGGUGGAUACGGAUCUGGCUGAAGGAAGUGAGAAUGAUGAAGUGAAUCGGGUUUCCUUGCCAAAAAGUAUCUCUGUUCGGUCUGAUAGGAAAUUGAAGACUGUUCAAACUGGUGGAAGCAGCGAAGGGCAGAUAUAUAAGCAAAGGGUGUACGUUCCAGGAAGCGAAAAGGAGAAGCAAACUGUUGAGCUGGAGGUCUACAAUCAGGGAAUGUUCAAAACCGAGUUGUGUAACAAAUGGCAAGAGACCGGGGAAUGUCCCUAUGGAGAGAACUGCCAAUUUGCUCAUGGAAUUAAGGAGCUGCGCCCUGUACUUCGCCACCCAAGGUACAAGACUGAGGUAUGCCGCAUGGUGUUGAGCGGUGAUCACUGCCCUUAUGGACACCGAUGCCACUUCCGCCACACCCUCACUGAUGAGGAGAAGCUCAUCAGGUCCAUGAACAUCAGGCCUCUAAAGCCACUCAAUCGUUAG